AUGGCUCAUGGAAAUUUCACCCGAGUCACUGAGUUUAUUCUCACAGGAGUCUCAGAACGUCCAGACCUCCAGAUCCCACUCUUCUUUGUCUUCCUGGUCAUCUAUGGACUGACCGUGACAGGCAACCUAAGCAUCAUCACCCUCACCAGUGUGGACUCUCGACUUCAGACCCCCAUGUAUUUCUUCCUCAGGCACUUGGCCAUCAUCAAUCUUGGUAAUUCAACUGUCAUUGCUCCUAAAAUGCUGAUCAACUUCUUAGUAAAGAAACACACCACCUCCUACUAUGAAUGUGCCAUUCAGCUCGGAGGGUUCUUGGUUUUCAUCAUAGCUGAGGUGCUCAUGUUAGCUGUGAUGGCCUAUGACCGCUAUGUGGCCAUUUGUAACCCCCUGCUCUACAUGGCGGUGGUGUCUCGGAGGAUCUGCUUUCUGCUGGUUUCCCUCACAUACCUCUAUAGCUUUUGCACAUCAAUUGUGACUUCAUCUUCUGUAUUCUCUAUGACUUAUUGUUCUUCCAAUGUAAUCAAUCAUUUUUACUGUGAUACCGUCCCUCUGUUAGCAUUGUCUUGCUCUGAUACUUCAGUUCCAGAAGCAGUAAUAUUUAUAUCUGCAUCUACAAAUUUGGCGUUUUCCAUAAGUACCGUUGUAGCAUCUUAUUUCAACAUUGUUCUAUCCAUUCUAAAGAUACAUUCAUCAGAAGGAAGGAAAAAAGCCUUCUCCACAUGUGCUUCACAUAUGACAGCAGUGUCAGUCUUCUAUGGAACUCUACUUUUUAUGUAUUUGCAGCCUCAGACUAACCAUUCUAUGGGUGUUGAUAAAAUGGCUUCAGUGUUCUAUACACUGGUGAUUCCCAUGCUGAACCCUAUGAUCUACAGCCUGAGGAACAAUGAUGUGAAAGCUGCACUGAAGAUGUUUAUUAGAAAUACAUGCUGUUCUUUAAAUCAUUCUAGCUUUAAAACUCUAUAG